AUGGCGAACCGCGAAACGUUUGCGCUCAUCACCGGGUGUAGCAGUGGCAUUGGCAAAGAACUUGCAGUGGCCUUUGCGAACAGAGGAGUCACCGUACUGGGCACAGCACGCCGCACGCAGUCACUCGACGAACUCACGAGCAAAUACAGCAACAUCAAAGCUCUAGCGCUUGACUUGAGUGACCCAGAAAUCAUUACAAAGCUAAAGGAUAGUGUCUUGGAUUACACAGACGGAUACUUGGACUACCUGGUCAAUAAUGCGGGGACGCACUACGCCGGGACAGCGAUGGACCUAGAGAUGGAUGAGGUGGUCGCUAUCUUUCAAGUGAACGUGUUUGCCGUCAUGCGCCUGUGCCAGAUUUUCCUGCCUCUUCUCCGCCAGUCGCCACGAGGGCGUAUUGUGCAGAUUGAGAGUGUCACGUGGAAUAUCCCGGUUGUGUGGCAGGGCGCAUACAAUGCUUCUAAGGCGGCGCUCAGCCAAUAUUCACGGACACUUCGUCUGGUGAAACCAUUGGGGGUCGAGGUGAUCGAAAUCGUCACGGGAUUUGUGCAGAGCAACAUCCUGCACCACGGCCUCCACGCGCCCGAGGACUCGGUGUAUCUACCCAUCAAAGGCAUUAUUGAAAACAUCAAGUAUCAGGGCAACGCGAAUGGAAUGCCGGCGCACGUGUAUGCGGCGUCGAUCACCGACAAGCUGCUGCGACGACAGGUCGAUCCGGAAAUCUGGGAGGGGAAGAUGGCGCGUCUGCUGCGCUUGAUUUUCAUGUUGCCUUUGCGGCUGCUGGUAGGCCAUCCGUCUGAAACUUACCUGGACAAACGACUGAUUGUUCCUCAGAAUCAUCUCCUGUACCGCAGAUUCAAGCUGGGCUCGUUGAGGGAAUCAAUUGGUCGGUGA